AUGCUUAGACAGAACACCCGUGUCGCUCUGCAGCUUUCCGCUCGCUUGAGUGUGUCGGCCCGUGCCUUCCACCAAGGAUCCUCCAUCCUCAACAAGGAGGAGAUCACUUCUCCGCUGCAAAUUGCUAAAGACUCUCAUCUCCCUAACAUUCCACAAGAGUUCAAAAAACCACCUCGUCAGGCUUCGAAAAAAGCUCCUUUCUUGUCGGACCACAAGGUCGAGAGCAAAACGUACGAGAUGUCUUCGUUUACCCAGAACUUGGGACAGUUUGUAGUGAAAUUCCUUAACAUCGAUAUGGACAAAACGCGUGCUGGCCCUAUUGCCGGCUCCUAUUACUUCGGUGAAUGUAAGAGACAAGGUAUGUACUACCCAGAUGAGCCAGACUCGGAUACUGCCAAGUUUUUCUACCAAACACUUAACCUACCUAAGAGUUUCUCGCAAUGGUUCCAAAUAACUGCCUUGCACUACUGGAUUUUGUCUGUGCGUAUGAGAGCCAUGCCAUUCCAAUACGGUAAAAACUACCAGCAGAAGCUCGUGGACCGUAUCUUCAGUGAUAUGGAGAUGCGUAUGUCCAUUGAGAUGGGCAUCAACUCUUCCAGAAUUAUCGAGGGAUACUUGAAGGACUACCACACUCAGCUCUUGGGUCUCGUCGUUUCUUAUGAUGAGGGCCUUGUCACCGAUGAUAUCACCCUUGCUGCUGCUUUGUGGAGAAACGUUUUCUCAGGUAACCCAAACGCCGACGUAAGACAUAUUGAGGCUUUGGUCGGCUACGUGAGGCAACAAUUGUAUGUUUUGAACAAAAUGUCCGACAGAGAGUUCGGUUUCGGUAAAUUCUCUUUUGUUCCCCCUGACCAGGUCGUCAAGCUCUUGACUAAAGCUCAAGAAGAGAAGCUUCGUGCAGAGGCAAAAGCUGCUUUUGCCGACCGCACUGCCCCAUCCGACCGCAGUGUUCUCUCUUUGGACGAGUAA